AUGGCUGACGAGCACUACAACGCCGAGGAGGCUGCCGAGAUCAAGAAGAGAAGACAGUUCCGCAAGUUCACCUACCGCGGAAUUGACCUCGACCAGCUCCUCGACCUCUCCUCCGAACAGCUCCGUGAUGUCGUUCACGCCCGCGCUCGUCGUCGCUUCAACCGCGGUCUGAAGCGCAAGCCCAUGGGUCUCAUCAAGAAGCUCCGCAAGGCCAAGCAGGAGGCUCGCCCCAACGAGAAGCCCGACCUCGUCAAGACCCACCUCCGUGACAUGAUCGUUGUCCCCGAGAUGAUCGGCAGCGUCAUCGGUAUCUACUCCGGUAAGGAGUUCAACCAGAUCGAAGUCAAGCCCGAGAUGGUUGGCCACUACCUGGGUGAAUUCUCUAUCUCCUACAAGCCCGUCAAGCACGGUCGUCCCGGUAUCGGUGCCACCCACUCUUCCCGUUUCAUUCCCCUCAAGUAA